AUGACACAUUUAGCAUUCCACUGGUGGCCAAAAACCACUUCAGCCACCGCAAGUGGUGGUGGUGAUGCUCAUGGAUCGUCGGAAAAUGCAUCUACACGUAACUGCUGUGGCCUAUCCAACUUAAUGAGAAGAGUACUCAAAAAACGAAGCAAAAUGUUGCGUACUACAAGCAGGCAACCAUCGUUCCAAUGCCGAUACGAUCCAUUGAGUUAUUCUCUAAACUUUGAUACAAGUGGCUCCGGUAAUUUAUCAGAUGAAGAUUACUACAAAUUCUAUUCCUUCUCGUCGAGGUUUGUUGCUGCGACAAGAACUGACUGCCAAAGACUAGUGACUGCUUCCCACUAG